UUAGGGCAUGAGGUAGGCUCAGAGACAGAUAAGUGUAGAUACAAUAGCGCAGCAAUCGAGAUCAGAACAGAGGGGCAAAAAGGGCAUCACAGCAAUACAGAGGUAACACUGACUGAGAUAAGGACAAUAACACAGAUAGAAAGGAUGAUGUAACAGUGCAGAGACAGGGAGAACAACAAAGAGAGAAUAACACUGAUAGAUAAAACAGAGUAGAGGCGGGUAGAGCGAAAGAGUUAACAGCAGCGAGACAGAGUGGACGACUCAAUUAGCAGAAUUAAAAGCAGGAGGACACCGAGAGAAGGUGAUAGUGAUAGAGUAUUAGAUUAAGGAGCGGAAGUACAGCGGGAGGAAAGAGAAAUUCAAGGAAGGAGUGAGAGAGAGUGAGCUCCGAGGAGGAAGCCCAGGAACCGAGUACCUCACACAGCACUAGGAACUACAGAGAUGGAGGGGCUGCUGUUCUUCUCUCUACUGCUAUCCGUGGCUUCAGCUCUGCUGAGCAAAGUAAGAGUGCAGUGCCCGAGUGAAUGCAGUUGUCCCCCGAGCCCAGUCCGCUGUCCUCCCGGGGUCAGCCUGGUCCUAGACGGCUGUGGAUGCUGCAAAGUGUGUGCCCAGCAGCUGAACGACGACUGCAGCCUAGCGAACCCCUGUGACCACUUGAAGGGGCUGGAGUGUAACCAGGGGACAAAGAUGCUAGCAGGAGGAGGCAUCUGCAGAGCAAAGUCUGAGGGCAGAACCUGCGAGUAUAAUGGGAGGAUUUACCAACAUGGUGAGGGUUUCCAGCUAAGCUGUAAACACCAGUGCACCUGUAUAGAUGGAGCAGUGGGCUGCAUCCCCCUCUGCCCUCAGGAACUGCCCCUGACUGGGAUGAGCUGCCUCAACCCCCGGCUGGUGAAAGUCCCGGGGCAAUGCUGUGAGAAGUUUGUCUGUGAUAAGGAGGAAUCGAAACAUCGUGGAGUGGCAUUUCACGACCUGGGCUACCUUGCUGGGAUCAGCAGCAACGAGCUGGUUCAAAGAAAGCAUCACUCUCUGAGGAACCGACCUGCUUGGAGAGCCCUGUUUGAAGGACAGAGAUUCCCUCAGUACAAGUGCAUUGUCCAGACAACCCAGUGGUCUGAAUGUUCAAAAAUCUGUGGCUUGGGUGUGUCCACCAGGGUCAGCAAUGACAACCCUGAGUGUAAGCUGAAGAAAGAGACACGGUUGUGUCAGGUUCGAAGCUGCAGGCAGACCUUCUAUCCCAAACUGAAGAAAGGGAAGAAAUGUACCAGAACCCAAAAGGCUAUGGAACCAGUUCGUUUUAACUAUGCUGGUUGCAAGAGUGUAAAGCAAUAUCGGCCGAACUCCUGUGGCUUGUGCAUAGACCAACGUUGCUGCUCACCACAAAAGACCCGAACAAUUCGUGUCCAGUUCUCCUGUGAGGAUGGUGAGAGCUUCAGCAAGAAUAUGAUGAUGAUCCAAUCAUGUAAAUGCAGCUACAGCUGUCCACACCUGAACGAGGUAGUCCAGCCAUCCUUCAGACUCAACAAUGACAUCCACAAGUUCUUAGACUAAAAGCUGAACUUUCAACCCUGUCCUCUGAACUCUGGUGAGAAACUGGGCUGAAGAAGAGGCAGUAGGCCAAUCAGAUUUGAACACAUGGCCCUCUGUUCUAAUUCCAGGACAAGAGACCCAGAGCAGCCGUCCUUAUGAAGAAAAUAUUGUACAAACAAGAAUGUUCUUCAUUAUUCUGCGGAAUAGUCUUGUAAGACCAUAAAUUUCUCUGUUCAUGCACAUGUAGCACUAUUUCCUGCACUAAACAGUAGAUGGAGGUUAUUCCACUGAAAUCUAAGCAGGACCAUAGUCUGCUGUAGUGCAUCUCUGUUGGCAGGUGAUUUUUAGUUUUUUAAAACUAUUCUUAACUGGACUGUAGUGUCUCAUCAGCAAAUAUUUUGCUUAUGCCUUGCAGCAACAGCACUGAUCUGAGCCUUUUGGCACUUCCUCUUGGCAGCAACUCUCUGCCUACUUCUGGGACAAUCCAUAAGUUUCCCUGUAUUUCAAAUUGCACAAGACAUCUUCAGGUAUCUUGGAGUUUAUGAAGUGGCUUUGUUUCAGAAGCCUGCAUCUUACCUGUAGUGUUUUUUCCUUUUGUAAAAAUGCUUGAGCGUUGUGUGCAUGUUUGUGUGUGUGUGUUUGUCCUGUCUGGAAUUGAGUUACUGUAUCCCAUACCAUCCAACAGGUGGACUUCUUUGCAGUGAGAAAGUGUGGAUCUCAACUGGGACUGGGACAAUUUUAAAGGCAUAUGAUGCUGUGAAAGAGGUGCCCAAUUAUUUUUCAGUUAAAAUGAGGCAGCCUCUUAGUUGCAGCAGGUCAAUCUGGAGCUCAUUGACAUUUUGGUGAACAUCAAGUUCCUCCUGAACUGAUCACUUGUAAGAGCUGCUGGCCAUUCAUUAAGGAAAGCAGUAUUGAAAUCUGGAGUGAAAGCAGAUUUUUUUUUUUUUGGGCUGAAAAGGAAACUGGCACGAUGUAGUGUAUCUGUGCCUAAUCUCUGAACCUGGUCAUCUAUGUUGGUUGAUCAAAUCCUGUUCUUUUAAACCAGCUACUGUUAAAAGUCCUGGUUAUCACUGGCUUUCUGCUGAUAAAUAGACUUGGGCUCAAUGAUUUGUGCAAAAGCCAGAACCAAGUAAGGCUCAAUACAUUGACAACCUUAAUUCCUCCAAUUAUUUGUAGGUUUAAAACUUCUGAGAUCCAGAAAAUGGAUUACAUUCAUUUUUUUGUGAAAAUGAAAGGAUGACCAGUAUAAAGCCAGAAACUCCCCUGACCUACCCAGUGUCUACUUCAUUGCUUAUUGGACGCAGGUAAUGUCAGGACUGUAAUGUCUGGUUGACACAUUCUGCAUCUUAUCGUCUGUAUUGCUCCCUGGCAGCAGUCAGAUGCAAGCAGCAGCUGAACUGCAGUUAAUUGAACUUGUGCUUUCAUUCCUGUAUUGUGUAUUUAAGGUAUGGCAUAUUUUUAUAAAUUGUAAUAU